AUGGAUGCAUUUGAACUUCAGCUUUGGAAAAAAAAUAUUCCUGAGAAUGUCGUGGAAUCUAAAAGAAAACGAUGCAUCAAAAAAGCCGAAGUUUUCAUUCGAGCCACAACUGACCUAAAAUUGUCCUAUUUUGGAUUUAUUAUGCGAAGAUUCAGUUCUCUGGAAAAAGAUCUGAGAAUGGCAAGAAAAGAUAAAAAGAGGACGAAAGAGGAUCUGCAUCAAGUAACAAAUCGUGGUCUCUGUGAUAUUUCUCUCGAAAUGUGCACGAGCAUUCGAUGUGUUGCUAAGGAGGGUGUAAUACAUCCUAGAAACGAACUUAAAGCCUUCUGUAAAUCCAUAAUAAUGCUUGUUCUGAAAUCUUUGAAAGCUGUGCAUUAUCCUUUAUCCAGGAAAACUAUAUAUCUUAAUCCUAAUUAUAUUUUAAUAAUUUUGGCACUUCAAACGAAAUUCUCAUGA